UCACCGUUGUCAUCGCCUCCUCGCCCUCCGCCGCCCAAGAAAUCCUCCAAAAGCACGAUAGCUCCUUCUCCGACCGCCCAAUCCCGGACGCCAUCACCGCUCAGCCCAACGUCCUCGACACCCUGGCCUGGUCCCCCGGCGGUCCAAGGUGGCGCAGCCGGCGCCGUCUAUGCACGACGAAGAUCUUCACCGCCCAGCGCCUCGACCUUCUCCAGCACCUCCGGCAGCACAAGGUGCAGCAGCUCGUGCAACACCUCCACCAGAAAUCUGCCGCAAGAACGCCAGUGAACAUCGGGGAUCUGGCCUUCGCCACCAUGCUGAACCUUGUGUCGAACACGGUGUUCUCGGAGGACGUGGUGGACCCGGAGUUCAAGAGCGCGGGGGAGUUCAAGGAGGUGGUGUGGCGGAUCAUGGAGGACGCCGGGAAGGUGAACGCGUCGGAUUAUUUUCCGGCGGUGAAGUGGUUGGACUUGCAGGGAAUAAAGCGGCACGUGAGAGUUUCAUAUUUGAGGAUUCAUAAACUGUUCGAUGAAAUGAUAGGGAAGCGCGUGAGCUACAGAGACACUUGCGCUGCGCGUGGUGAUGACUUCUUGGAUGUGUUACUUGAUCAUUGCCAGCACCACCAACACGAUGAUAGCGAGGAUUCCGAUCCUCUCACUAUCGAUAACAUCAAGCCUAUGCUGUUGGAUUUGUUCAUUGCGGGAAGUGACACUUCAGGAUCAACAAUAGAAUGGGCAAUGGCAGAGCUUCUACACAACCCAGAAACAAUGCAAAAAGCAAGAAAGGAACUCAACCAAGUAAUUGGAACCACCAACAAUGAAGUCAAGGAAUCAGACAUCCCUAAACUUGAAUACAUCCAAGCAAUAGUCAAAGAAACUCUAAGGCUUCAUCCACCAGUGCCCCUUCUCUUGCCUUAUGUCGCCGGAAACGACGUCGAAGUAGGUGGCUACACCAUUCACAAGGGUGACCAAGUUCUCAUCAAUGCAUGGUCUAUAGGAAGAGACCCUCAGUUCUGGGAUGAUCCAAUGGUUUUUCAGCCCGAGAGAUUUCUCGGGUCGAAAAUAGAUUUCAAAGGGAGGGAUUUCGAGUUCUUGCCAUUUGGCGCCGGAAGAAGGAUCUGCCCUGGAUUGGCCCUUGCCAACAGGAUGAUUACUUUGGCGGUGGCUGCCUUGGUCCAUUCAUUUGAAUGGAAACUUCCAGAGGGUGUCACCCCUGAAAGUCUUGACAUGACUGAGCAGUAUGGAAUAACAUUGAAGAGACUUAGUCCUCUUUGUGCCCUUCCAAUUUCUGUAUAUUAAAUGACUACUCACAUGAAUUGUCUUUUUGCAUAUGCCAUAAACGAAAACUGUUAGAUAAUUUGAUAUAUUUAAUUAAGUUAUUAUUUAAUAAUUUUUUAUUAUCAUUUUUAUAAGAAGACAACUUUUCAUGUGA